AUGAGUGCUGUGCGAGGCGCUCAUAUCGCAGUCAAGCUAGCAAAUGAAAAAGUAUUAGUUAGUGGUGGUGAUGGUGGUAGUGGUGGUGGUGGUUAUUUAAACACUGCUGACUUGUAUGAUCCCAUAGCAAAUACUUGGACAGCUGUUAGUCCGAUGAAUUCGAAGCGUUGUUCUCAUAUGGCAUCUAUAUUAUCAAAUGGUAGCGUCUUUGUUGCUGGUGGAUACAAUGGGGGUUAUUUAACUAGUGCUGAAAUAUAUAAUCCCACAACCAAUACUUGGACAAAUACAGCUAGUAUGAGUUAUGCCCGACAGUUGGCUACAAUAUCGGUAUUAUCAAAUGGAAAAAUAUUAGUUGCUGGUGGUGAUAAUGGUAGUCCAUUAAACGUUGCUGAAUUAUAUGAUCCAUCGACUAACACUUGGACAGUUACAGAUAGUAUGAAUUAUGCGCGAAUUGGUCAUGCAGCAACUGUUUUGUCAAAUGAAUAUGUAUUAGUUACGGGUGGAUGCACUGCUAAUAGUAUUGCUGAAAUAUAUGAUGUAUCAACAGAAACUUGGACAGUCACUGGAAGUAUGAUGUCUAUACGUCAGUAUCACACAACAUCCCAAUUGACAAAUGGAACAGUAUUAGUUGCUGGUGGUAUUAUUAGUACUAGUACUUAUUUAAACAGUGCAGAAUUAUAUUAA